AUGUCGACUCACGGACGCGGUCGCGGCCGAGGUAGAGGUAGGAUAGGCACUGUUAUUCCUGGCCUGGCAGGGAAUGAUCCAGUAGACUUCAUGGCUGCCUUGGGAAAUAUGGCUGCGGCUAUGCAGGCGACAGCCGAGGCACUGGGUAAUCAGAUAAACCAUGGUAAUCACAGAAACAAUAAUGAUGAGGACGGUCCCAUGACACUUGCUACAUUUCUGAAAGUUCACCCUCCGACCUUUAGGGGAACCUCAAAUCCCACAAAUGCAGAUAAUUGGAUUCAUGCUAUGGAACGGGCACUGCAGGCUCAGCAGGUUCCUGAGGAGCAAUGGGUUGAGUUUGGAACUUAUCAGCUGCAGGGUGAGGCUCAGCAUUGGUGGCAGGGGACACGACGUAUCCUGCAGCCAGAUGGCGCUGUGAUUCCUUGGGAGGUUUUCCGAACAGAGUUCUAUAAGAAAUACUUUCCUAAUUCAGCCAGAAAUGCCAAAGAACUUGAAUUGAUGCAGUUAAAGCAGGGACAGAUGACUGUUGCUGAGUAUACUAGCAGGUUUGAGGAGUUAUGUCGCUUUUCUCGUAUUUGUCAAGGUGCGCCUGAUGAUUUUGCUGAGUGGAAAUGUAUUAAGUAUGAGGGAGGUCUUCGAAGUGAUAUUCUGAGCUUCGUUGCACCAAUGGAGAUCAGAGUAUUUUCAGAACUGGUAAACAAAAGUAGAGUUGCUGAGGAUUGUCUGAGAAAGGCGACAUCAGAUAAGAGUGAUCAGCGAAUUUUUGUUAGGAGAGAUCAGGGAAGGAACUUCGCCCCUAGAGGACAAGAUUUUAAGCGAGGCGGUUACACCCCACAACCACAUUUGGGUCAAAAUAACUUCCAGAGAUUCAGAAAUAAUAACAGCCAGGGAAGAGAAAAGAAGAAGAAUCAAGAAGCUGGAAAGGCACAACAUCAGGGACGCAUGUUCACUAUGACAGCGGAUGGUGCUGGAACCGCAGAUACUUCGAUUAGAGGUAAUCACGCACUGAUAAUCGAAAUUUCUGACUGCCUUGCGUAG